AGUUUUUACACACAGUCUACGAUCUACCGACAUGGCCCGUACCAAGCAAACCGCCCGCAAAUCUACCGGAGGCAAGGCUCCCAGGAAGCAGUUGGCCACCAAAGCCGCCCGCAAGAGCGCACCGGCGACCGGAGGAGUGAAGAAACCCCAUCGUUACCGUCCCGGUACCGUGGCUCUCCGUGAAAUCCGUCGUUACCAGAAGAGCACCGAGCUGUUGAUCCGCAAAUUGCCGUUCCAACGCUUGGUCCGCGAGAUCGCCCAAGACUUCAAGACCGACUUGCGUUUCCAGAGCUCGGCCGUCAUGGCUCUGCAAGAAGCCAGCGAAGCGUACUUGGUCGGUCUGUUCGAAGACACCAACUUGUGCGCUAUCCACGCCAAGCGCGUUACCAUCAUGCCCAAGGACAUCCAGUUGGCUCGCCGUAUUCGCGGAGAACGUGCUUAAUCGUCUCAAUACACUACAAAUCCUCUUUAAAACGGCCCUUUUCA